ACGCACCUCACAAUGACGCAUCCACCCAUCAGCUGUUUUUGUUUUGCUGUGUGAAUACUGGAAGUUAAUAACAUAAUAACAACACUGUCUGUCGACUGACUGAAGCGAAACGGCUCGUGAAGGAGGUGAAAUCGUUUCUAUUUGACCCUGGUCAGAUUUUGGGACAGUGCACGCGCUGUGUGAUGUGUGCCAUCUGAGCCAGCCUGCCCGGACAUUCCUCUCCCCGAAGAGUGCGAGCGUGGCGCUUGGAGUCGGGGGGCAGAGGAGGGGAAGCGGGUUCCGGCGGGGAUCGACCCGAGCCCAAGGCCUCCGACCUCGGCCAGCGAGAGGAGAGGGAAUUCGGCGGCUCGGAUGGAGUCCCAGGAGUCCCAGGACGUGCCGGACGGCCCCGCCGUGCACCGAGCCUUCAUCUGUGCCUCGUUUAACCAGGACACCACUUCUCUGUCAGUGGGCACCAAGACCGGCUACCGGCUCUUCUCAGUCACUGCUGUGGACAAACUGGACUGCAUCCAUGAGGGAGUAGAGUGUCCAGACGUGUAUAUAGUGGAGAGACUGUUCUCCAGUAGCCUGGUGGUGGUGGUCAGUCUGUCCAUGCCACGGCGAAUGAACGUCUACCAUUUCAAGAAAGGCACCGAGAUCUGUAACUACAGCUACUCCAACAACAUCCUCUCCGUCAGGCUCAACAGACAGCGGCUGGUGGUGUGCCUGGAGGAGUCGAUCUACAUCCACAAUAUCAAAGACAUGAAGCUACUUAAGACCCUGCUCAACACACCCAUCAACCUCACAGGUCUCUGCGCUCUUUCCGUCAACCACAGUAACUCAUACCUGGCGUACCCGGGCAGUGCCACCAUUGGAGAGAUCACUGUCUACGAUGCCAACAACCUGAGCACCUUGACGUUGAUCCAAGCCCAUGACAGCCCCCUGGCGGCCCUCACCUUCAAUGCCUCUGGAUCCAAACUGGCCAGCGCUUCAGAGAAGGGCACCGUCAUCAGAGUCUUCAGUGUUCCCGAAGGACAGAGACUGUUUGAAUUCCGCCGAGGGAUGAAGAGAUAUGUUAGCAUCAGUUCAUUGUCCUUCAGCGCGGAUGCCCAGUUCCUGUGUGCCUCCAGCAACACUGAGACGGUUCAUAUCUUUAAACUGGAGCAGCACAGCCCUAGUCAAGACGAAGAGUCUCCCACAUGGUCUGCAUAUGUGGGCAAAAUGUUCACAGCAGCCAGCACCUACCUGCCCGCUCAGGUGUCCGACAUGAUGCAUCAGGACAGGGCCUUCGCCACGGUUCGGCUCAACAUGUUCGGCCUGAAGAACAUCUGCGCCCUGGCUACGAUUCAGAAGCUCCCUCGCCUGCUGGUGGCGUCCUCAGACGGGUUUCUCUACAUUUAUAAUGUGGAUCCACAGGAUGGAGGCGAGUGUGUCCUGGUCCAGAAACACAGGCUGUUUGACUCCAGCGAGGAGCAGGUGGAAGAAAAGGAAGAGGAGAAUCAAGAGGAUGUUUCUCCCCAACCAGCCAGCCAAUCGUACGCUGCCACAGUGGCUCUCCCUUCAACCCCACCCUCCUCUACCACUCUCAUGGGUUACUCUGAGGAUGGUGGAGCCCAGAAGGGUGAGGUCAUCCCAGAACACGAGUUCGCUGAGGGCCCUGUCUGCCUGGACGACGAGAACGAGUUCCCUCCAGUCGGCAACCAGAGUAACUGACCAAACCCUCCCUUCCCGUGAAACAACCGUCCCUGCGUAACACUCAGACUGGUUCAAGCAGGGAAGGUGGACAAAAAUACUCGUGUUGAAACAUUGUGUCAACCCCCCCCCUCCCACGUGUACCCCUGCUGGCCUAGGGUCAAAUCUUACCAGAAUGUUACUUCCUGGUGUUCCUGUAUUCUGCGUUCCUCUCACUUUUUGUAAGGAAUAAAGAUUAAAAAAAACAGAAAAAAAAGAGUGGACGGUCCACUCAUUUAAAAACAUUCACAACAUGUUAGACACACUCAAAGACUGUCUGAGAGUCCCACUGUUAAAGAUCCCCUCCACUCAAAAAUGUGUUUUCGUCUGUUUAUGUCCCCUAAAAUGUCUGACCUUGACGAUACUGACUUGAAUCUGUGCAGUUUGUUACUAGAGAGGUGUUUUCACAUUCCUCUACUGAAGGGGGCGAUAUCUGUGCACUUCCCUAAAAUUCAAACAUACACAAGCCAGCUUAGGUACGUCACUAAUACAAAAGCCAAUCUCUGACUAAUACAGCAAACACAUAUCGACGAGGGGAUGAGACAGCGGCAAAGAAAGAGCGAACUUAUUACAUGUAAAAUAAAAUCUCAGCCAGACGGAAUAUAUCUUAAUGCAAACUUUGAUGAGACCUCUUAUGUAUAAUUACAUAAUAACAAUGUGAACACACUGUUAACAUUGUAACAGAUUUUAUUGUAUGUUUCGCAACCACUAACGCUGUGUCAGCCACUGCCAGUUAGCCUACAAGCUAACAAACAACAUGAACCAAUAAAAGAUGCUAACUACACUUACCAUUCUGAGACAUCUGCUAGUUGUAGAUUUUGGUGCACAACAGACUCCUCGUCUGAGUCUGGAUAUGACUGAGACUUAAACACGUAUGGCUGAAUCUCUCUGAUGUUUUAUUUAACCCUAACGGUAGCCAUCUUGAUGCUUUUGAUGCUCUGUCAUUGGUCAAUUUAGCACAAGCAGCAAUCUUGGACCCCAUCAGCUAUCGCUUGAUGAUGGUAAAGUCUCUGCUGUAACGGGUUCAUGGGAGAAGUUAUACAUCUAUUUAUUUUAACCCAAACAACGAUUUCUUUCCCUAACCUUAACCAAGAAAUCCGUCCCUGACAAAAAGCCCUAAAGACAAGUGUCUCGCAACAGCUUGUAAUGGCCAAUAUUUCGGGAGAUACGGUGUAGCUAGCGGAUAUCCAGGCCAAGCGCUCCUUACGGUUCAAUUAGCAACUUGAGACAGGUCCAGACAACAUUUCAGCUAAUCUUUGUAAGCAGAUAUCUGUAUAUAAAUGCAGGUAAAGUAGGAAAAAGCUAGCUGGUGGGAUCCAAUACAAAAAUCUUGUACCAUUGCCCACAGAUUCUUCAUACAUAUGCAGAUAUCCAGGGUGCGUUCAGCCCCAAAAACAGCUUAUUUCGAUGGAAACAGUGGUGCGUUGAACACCCUGUUGUGUACGAUGGGUUAUGCAAAUGCACUGCCUUUUUAAUACAGCAGGGUUUAUAUACAUGUCGCUGCUGAUUGGGUAACUUCUCAGAAAAAAACGUACCUUAAGGCCUGUGGCACAACAUUCAACCUGAAAACCAUUGCAAACUGAACGUGCUCCUGUUUAUACAGAUUGGAGAAGGAGCAGAUGUGCCUCCAUCACCAUUUCUGUUUUUUCCCUCCUCUUUUUAUGUGGAAAAAACAUGUUAAACGAAAUAUUAAUCAUAGUGUAAUUUUUUAAACAUACUUUAAAACGUGUCUGGAAGGGGGCUUUAACUCUCAUAAUACGCCAUUAUCAACAGUGUUAAACGUCUUUUUAAAACCAUGAAACUCUGACAACACAAUGAUGUUAUUGUUGCACAAUAUCAUGGUAGCAAUCAGAUGAACAUAUGAUUGAUCUGGCAGCGUAUUGGUGAGCAGACUUGAAUAUGCCAAGGUAGUAGAGGAGACGAGAAGCGGACCUGGCCUGCAGCUGAUGUAGAAUAACCAGGGGCCAGAUUCACAAAAAUGCCCUUGAGAUGUCACCUGAAAGGUAAUUUUAACAGCUUCUAAACAAGCCAAGCUCAAUCAGACAAUAAUAUAAAUUUAAUAUAAAAUUAAUCAUCUCUUUUAAGAUCGAAGAAAAUGUAUCAUAAGGGCAUUUCUGUCAGUCAGGCCUCAGGAAUCUGGGAGCUAAUCAAUGGGCAUUAAAUGUGUCACACCUCAGUAAAGACGAGCAGGAGUUCACUCAAGAAGGAAUAGAUGUUGUAAGCGCGAUACACUAUUUAAAUCAUGAUACAUGCAGUGAGUAUUAUAUGACUUGCAGAUGCAGCUGUCAUACUAAUUAUGGUAGGGAUAGACGAGACUAAACACCUGCGGAAGUCACAAAUGUAACCUGAUAAUACAUGUGGAGGAGUCGGCUCUGUGGAGGAGGAACAGUAAACAGCUAACUGUGAACAAGCUUUUAUGGUGAAGCUGUGUACAACAACGUUACUGGUCAUUGAAUUUCAGUGAUAUCCUGAAGACCUUUUUAUUUACUACGUGAUGCUGAGUUCAUGUUAACAUGCAAGUCAUAGUCAUUUUUACUUUGAUGUAUUAAUUAUUCUUUUGCAAAAAAAUGUUUUAAGUAUUACACAUCAACGCAUAGACUUACCGUGCGUAAAUAUAUAUUGAGGAUUUUUACUGUGUGUAUAAUGUAUAUAUAUAUAACAUUUAUAUAUAGUACUGUUGUAAUAAGUAACAUGGUAAUACCAUUUGAUUUGCCAAAAGAUGGCACUGUUAGGACACCCUUACGCUGCAUUGAGUUGUUCAGUACUGGACAUUUACACCAGAGACUCAUUAAAGCUGAGAAGUGAUUCAAACUCUG